AUGGAGACGAGCCACCGCAACAGCCCCGUAUUCCCUCCACUGCCCCUGGCCAGGGGCGAGAAGAUGCUGAGCCGUCUCAUGAGCAGCAGCAUCAGGAGCUUGGACCGUGAAUACAAUUGCACCGUGAGGCUGCUGGACGACUCGGAGUACACCUGCACGAUACAGGUCAGUGCAUGCCCUCAAUGUCAUGACGAGCGUGUCCUUCAACGGGUGACUGACUUGUGA